GCUGCAGGUCCGGGACUCCAAAAGUCCAAAUGUGCUGCGGCCUAUUUAAUCACGAUCGUGCGUGCGUGUGACAAGAAAGAAGAAAAAUGAAAUCAUCGAUGGAUUUCGAGGUGCAGGUGGUAGAAUCGUCGAUUGUAACGCCCAGCGAGCCAGCACCGAGGAAGGGACUCUGGCUCUCUUCCUUGGACCUCUGGCAGGCCAACCAUGGCCACACUCCAACGAUCUACCUGUACAGAAGCUCCAGCGAUGUUGCUGCGGCUGAUCAUUUCUUUGACGUGGCCAAGCUCAAGGAGGCUAUGGCCAGAGCCUUGGUGGCCUUCUACCCCCUCGCCGGCCGCCUCGGCAUCAACGAUAACGACGGUAGGAUGGAGAUCAGCUGUAACGGUGAAGGUGCACUCUUUGUUGUCGCUCAGGCUCAUGAUCUCACUGUCGAAGACGUCAAGAAAUUCAAGCCGUCGCCAGAGCUUAGGAGGCUGUUUGUUCCACUCAUUGAGCCAUUGUCCAUCAUUUUGGCCGUACAGGUGACUUUCUUGAAGUGUGGUGGGGUGGUGUUAGGGACAGCUCUCCACCAUGCCGCCGUCGACGCCUUAAGCGCGUUCCACUUCUUCCAGACAUGGUCGGCCUUCUCCAAGCAUGGCGACCACGCUACUGUGGAGCUCCCAUGCCAUGACCGUGACCUACUCCGUGCACGGUCCCCGCCCACAAUCCAUCCCGAUGCACUCUUGAUGUUCUACCCUAAGCACACCUUCUCCGACCUGUCAGGACCUCUUGCCAUUGAAGUCUUAACUAUUUCCAGAGACCAGGUCGCCUCCUUAAAGCACCUUUGCGGUGGCGGCACGAGCACCUUUUGUGCCGUGAGCGCUCUCAUGUGGCAGUGCACGUGCAUUGCACGUCGGCUCUCACCUGAUUCUGAAGCACGCCUCACUUUCCCGGCCGACCUCCGGCAAAGGAUGAGGCCGUCCCUCCCGAGCUGCUACAUCGGCAAUGCGAUGUUUUGGCUAGGCAUCACCAGCGUAGUGGGAGAUAUUGCCACAGAGGUGUUAGGAUCCGUUGCUGGCCGCAUCAGAGGCGCCAUCGAUCAGAUGGAUGACGAGCUAGUGCGCUCCGCUAUCGAUUACUUUGAGAUGGCCGAGAUGGACAACCAGCCUCCAAGGGGCACCUUGCCGCAGACGGUCCUGCAUAUUACCAGCUGGUUGGGCAGGCCACAAUACGAUGCAGAUUUUGGGUGGGGGAAGCCAGAGUUGAUGUCACGGGCGGAGAGCCACUGCGGGGGGUUUGUGAACUUGAUGAACAAUGAUGAUGGUGCUGGUAGCGGUGGCGUCCGUUUGCUCAUGUGCAUGGAGGCUGUAAAUAUAAAGGAGAUAGAGCGACUGCUUUAUGCAAAGCUAGCUCUAGCAGCUUGCUACUAGGAAAGGUACUUCAUCCGAUGAUUACUUGCCUCAUUAAGGUACACCUUGACGAUUGAGGUUUUGUAAAAAUAAAAAGGCCUGAUACAAAGAAGGCUGGAUGGUCUACUGGUUUGGUUGCAUAUCAUAUCAUAUCAUAUCAUAUCAUAUCAUAUCAUAUCAUAUCAUAUCAUAUCAUAUCAUAUCAUAUCAUAUCAUAUCAUAUCAUAUCAUAUCAUAUCAUAUCAUAUCAUAUCAUAUCAUAUCAUAUCAUAUCAUAUCAUAUCAUAUCAUAUCACCACACUAUGCAAGACCUGUAAUUGUGUAUGAUUCUGUCAUUUAAGGGAAUAUAAAAAACAUUGUAUGGUUUGACAUGCUAGUGAUGAUUUUAUAUUUACUCAA